AUGGCGGACUAUAUUUCCAAGAAGACGGGCGCUACAGAAGAGGAAGCCGCCAGAACCAGGCAGGAAUGGGUCAAAUGGUAUCAUCUUUUGCUCCUUGAUCCGUCCAAGAAACUAGAUCUGGAAGCAUUAUUAAAGGGUAACAGACAACUGUUCGUAGAUAACAAGGAGUUUUACAUGGAACAAGAUCGCACUAUGGCCAGCGACAUUUUUGACAGGUUAGAUUUCAACAAGGACGGGAAAAUAUGUUUGGAAGAGUUAAAUAUUUUUUACGAAGCCGUUGGGGUUAACGACAAAGCAUUGGUUAAAAGUGUCUUCGAGAAGCUAGACAAAAGUGGUGAUGGGUUUAUAGAAAGGGAGGAGCUGGUGGAUGACUUUAUUCGUCAUUUUUCUAACCCGGACCCUAUUGAUGGUCAGGCAUAUCUCAUUUCGUCCGUAAUAGACUAUAUCUAA